GAUCGUAUUUGUAUUAAGGAAAAAGGAUAAUCAGAUAUCCGGUUUGCAUUUGUAUCAUCAUGUGUCUACCUUACUUUUGUCAUGGGCAGGUAUAAGAUUUUACGCCGUUGCUCCCAUGGUACUGACGUGUAUAAUUAACUGCUUCAUACACACGAUCAUGUACACAUAUUACUUCCUAGCGGCCUGGGGAUCGAACGUUCAAAAGGCUGUCACACCUCUGAAACGAUGGAUAACUAUAGCGCAAAUGAUACAAUUCGUCGUGUUAAUCUUGUACGCAUCGCAAAAAUACGUGCUGAAAGAUUGCGAAAUCGUAAAUAAUUAUGUUGUCGUGUUAUUCGUUGGAAAUGUAGUAAUAAAUUUCUUCAUGUUCCAUAAUUUCUAUCAGAAGACAUACAAGGAAGUUAAAAAAGUUCAGUAGAUUGUAAAAUAUAUAUUGCAAGAGUACUUCUAUACAACAAAAUAUCCGAUAAAAUUAUUGAUAUCAAUGUCUCUCUAUUAUAAGUUAUUUUCUUACUCUUCUACAUGUCACACUGUUCAACAAAAAAUAAUUUUUUUCGAAUACAAGCCAAAGAUAAUCAUUUCCGUAGUUUUUUAAAUUUUAUAAUUAAAAAAUACUUUGGAGAAUGGCCAAUAUAAAGUCGCAAGUUUAAUAAAACAGAUCGAAUAUAUUAGUACUAGUUUCUUAAAUUUAAAUCAAUCCUUACGACAAAUUUCUUUUAAGAACUGAAAAUCUUAACAAUAUACUUAAUUUUUAUUGCAAUGAAACUUCUCCAACGCGUCAUACAUUAGAGUUAUAAUAUAUAAAACAUAAAAAUAAUCCUUGUUGCAAUUUUAAGCACAAAUUUUUCAAAUAUGUAAUGACAAUAAUGUGAUAGAGCAAUUUGAUAAAUGCACAUCGUAUUCGUCUCCUAAAAAAUUACAGGAAAUGAUUACCUACGUUCUUGUAAUUUUUUUUUAACAGUGUUAUUCAUUAUAGUUCUAAUAG